AAAUACAUCCACAUCUGGUAACUAAGGCAGUGAUCGCUCGGAUUCUCAUCGUCGGAGUAGCGGAGAUGAGGGAGAAUUGGGGCGCAAAUGCAAUACCAGAAUACAAGUAAAUGAGUCUAACAUUCCGGUACAGCAAACGAAGCGCUGGUAAGCGCUCAGCGACUCCAACAACACUGCUCUAUACCAUACCAUAUAAUGCAUCGUUAGUUCACUGCUCUCUCCCUUUAAUCUGGAAUUAAGUUUUUUACGAAAAUUCAAUUUCUGCUCAAAAUGUUUGUCAUUUCAAUACAUUCGUGUCGACUAUAUCUUCAGCGCCUAUUGUUUACGAUCGCUGUCCUCAACAUGUUUGGUGCCAACAGUGUGGUCACACAUCCCGCUGCCAAACGACUCUACGAUGAUUUACUAUCCGACUAUAACAGACUCAUUAGACCCUCAAAAAACCAUUCAUACAAACUAACAGUUAAUAUUGGCCUCAAAUUGUCUCAACUCGUGGAUAUUAAUUGGUACGACUAUAAUCUGAUGUGGAGACCAGCAGAUUAUGGUGGAGUGGAUAUGAUUCACGUGCCCGCAGAGAAUCUAUGGCUCCCAGGUUUGCCUUCUUUCUAU